CUGCUGCUGCUGCUGCUGCUGCUGUGAUGGCUGAGCCUGUACCGUCGUCGCUUGGGGCGGGGGUAUGUCCCAACGCCAGAGGAGCAGCGUGUGCUGCAAGAAUGCAAAGAGAGCAAGCCUCUUUCGCGGUGCACUAUGGUGCUGCGGCUGGGCUCGGAUUCGCCCGCUGGGUGGUUUCACGCCGCGGCCGCCCUCCCACGCGCCUCGUGUCGAUUGCAUACCACGUUGGCUUCGGCAGCGCCGGCUUCUAUGCGGGUGUUGUGUCGUACCAGCCACGGUGCGUGGAGAAGAUCCUGGCCCUGUCCAACUCGCCCAUGGCUGACGAGCUGCGCGCGUUCAUGGAGCGAGCAAAGCACGCCAAGCCGCCGCCUGCUCAGCAGCAGGGCCAGCACGACACCCGCCCACUCCAGUACCAGCAACAACAGUACCAACAGCAACACUAUCAAGAGCAACAGCAGGAGUAUCAGCAGGAGCCUGCCUUUGGCGACGCUCGCCGCUAUCCCCGCAGCCGCACCACUGCACCCGCACAGCCGCCCGAUGAGGUGCUCACCGACGACACGCAGGGACAGCAGUCGCCACCGCCAGCUCCUGGGUAUGGCGGGCACGGAUAUGGAUACGGGUACGGGCAGGGCAGCAUGGGCGCUGGCGACUAUGGAACGCAAUACCAGCGGCCUGUCGACCGCUCCGCUGAGCCCGUGCGCGACCACGUGCCGGAGACAUUUGCCCCCGAUGGACUGCCAACAUACGAUGACGGGUCGCAGGAUGCGCGGCGAGACACGACGCGUGGUGGUGGUUUCGGCAGUGCGGCCGACGAGUGGGGCGGCAGGGAUGAUGAGGACCCAUAUGCAGCCCGCGAGGCAGGGACGACGCCUGCACACUCGUACGCCGACCUGAGAAGUGCACACCGCCAGACACACCAGCCGCCAUCACGCCAACGCCCAGCGUGGGCACGCCAGAGCACCGACAACACCGCACCGCCACCAGCAUCAUCUUCUUCGGCGUCGCAGUACAAUGACCAGCGGGUCCACGGAUGGGAUGAUGGCACACCGCAGGACUCGCGAGCCGUUCGCACGCGCGUCAGCAGAUACGGGGACGAGCUCGAAGACGACAACUUCUCAUCCCGCUGAUGUGUGGGCUGAUACGUGUGUUUUUGUGUGUUUUGUGCUUUUUGUGGCUAAUGCGUGCGUGUGUGUUUGUGUUUGUGUUUGUAUGUGUGUAUCUGUGCGUGUCUGUGUGUAUCUGCGUCUGUGUAUCUGUCUGUGUCUUUGUAUGUGCGUGUUUGUGCUGUCUGCGUAUGUGCGUCUGUCUGUGUCUGCGUAUU